UAAGAUGGUAGUGAACGGGGACGAAGGGGGGGCGAGUAUCGUGUGCGCGAAGUACGAUCGUAGUAGUAGGUUUCAACUCGGUGGCAAGCCUGUUACGGAUCUCGUACCGGGAUCGCCCGUAUUCGAGCCCUCGUCGAACAAGGUAAGAAGGUCCAAAGUGAAGAGUAUGCUUUUCCAACGCUUCCUCUGCACUCUCGUCGCCACGCAUCACCCCGCAUCGCGCUGCACGCUUCCGCACGCAACCACGCCUCGCGCCACUAAUCGCUCUUGCUCUAACCGUUCGAAAAUGAUGGGCGAGGAGGGGGACGAGGAGGAAUACGAUUCGUGGUCGGUCCACUCCUCUCCCUGCCUCGACGACACGAACUCUUGCACCGUUGUCCGUUUUUCGAACGGCGAGGAUGGGGAGGGGGGGAGGCUCUCCUUCCUUCUCUCCGCGAAUAAGCGAUCGACUCGAGGAAGAGGAGAAGGAGGAGAAAGAGGAAAUAGAAGUCGAGAAACGGACGAGAAUUGUCGCAACGAAUUGUUGCGCGAGUUGUCUCUCGCGCAUGCGCAAAACAGGACUAACUCGAGGCUGUCGCUCGAGUAUCACGGGCGUUCCAAGCUCGAUCUCGAAACGAUAUCCUUGCUCGAUCUUGACAGAUCGAGCCGCGGCUUCGAAUUCACCGAGUCGAGUUUNAUCUCGCGGUCAAACUCGUGGGAAAACUCGGAGGGAAGGAGAGAAGAGGAGUCGGGAACGCCGGAUCGGGGGAGAAGGAGGAUAAUACGUACGUACGCCUCGCGCCAUCGCUGCGAUCAUCAUCAUCAGGUUGCCGAGGUAAAUCAGACCGGUCUGAACGGGGUGAAACCUGCCAUCCCCCCGAGAGAUCAAAAGAGGGCACCUGCCAGACCGCCGAAAGAUAACCUACGUUUGUCCACGCAGAACAAUAACGUGGAGAGCACCGAUAACGCGAAUGCCGAGCCUACGCAACAACAACUGCAUUCCAUCAGAAAAUACCAGGAGCAGCUACGUAAACGAAAGGAUGAGGAGGAGAGGCAAGAGAUACUCAAUCAAUCGUUACGCGGAUCGAAAAAGCUGCAAGCUCUGGAGAGCCACGCGACCAGCCUCUCGGGCCAAGAAAAUCUCGCAUACACCCAGGACGAGGUGACCACCGUCGGCCGUCCAACGCACGUCACCACGCAAGAAGUAGAGGAGCCUCCCAGGCCCCUCACAUACGGAGAGGUCGUCGCGACGUUGGAGAGGCUACAGCUUCAGUUGCGCAAUAUUUCCGGUGCUCUAGGCAUUUCGGGGCCGGGUGUCGAAGCCGAACUCGAAGCGGUGCGAACUCUUCUGGUGCAAAGUCGAUUCGCAUCUGCCCUCGCCACCCAUCACAUCCUCAGAAAUCGUCUAAGAUCGAACAAAGUUUUGAAACAUCACACCGAGGACGCCUCCACUUUGGCACGAGACUGUGUGGACAUUCUCGAGAAAUGGCAGUCCUCGUCGACAGCAACAGGUGUCGGUGGAGCGGAAACGAUCGCCGCCGUCGAGGAACUGACAGGAAUUCUGACGAGCUACGACAUGGAAGCCCUCCUCCUCACCCACGACUCCAUCAUCUCGUACGUGGAUGGACUGCAGAGAAAACAGAGCCCCUCGUCCUCGUCGCCGAGCGGUCCACCGAGCCCGACUUCCAGCUGGAGAGGCUCACGUGUCGUGGACAACAUAAAAAUUAUCAGAAUCGAGAAAACCAACGAACCUCUUGGUGCUACGGUCAGAAACGAGGGUGAUGCGGUUAUAAUAGGGCGUGUCGUGCGAGGAGGUGCGGCCGACAAGUCUGGACUUUUGCACGAAGGGGACGAGGUUCUCGAGGUGAAUGGCGUGGAAAUGCGUGGCAAAAGCGUAAACGAAGUGUGCGAUAUUCUUGCUGGUAUGCAGGGCAGUCUAACCUUCCUCGUGCUCCCGGCACCCACGAGUCACAGGAACAAUUUGUCGAAUAGAAGGGAAGAUACGAACCAGAUACAACACAUACGGGCCCACUUCGAUUACGACCCCGAGGAAGAUCCUUAUAUACCGUGCAGGGAAUUGGGUGUCAGUUUUCAGAAGGGUGAUGUGUUGCACGUGAUCUCUCAAGAGGAUCCUAAUUGGUGGCAAGCGUAUCGAGAGGGUGAAGAGGAUCAAACUCUGGCUGGCUUGAUACCCAGCAAAGCCUUCCAGCAUCAGCGAGAAUCAAUGAAGCAAACUAUCGCUGGUGAUAAAUCGACCGUACGCGGUUCCAAGAAAUCUAGCACGUUGUUGUGCGCUAGAAAGAAUCCAAAGAAGAAGAAACGGAAUAAAUUUGGGGCGAAUUACAACGACGACGGAUAUCCACAUUACGCAACGACUGCCAUUGACGAUUACGACAGCGAGGAGGUGCUUACUUACGAGGAAGUCGCGUUGUACUAUCCUAGAGCGAAUCACAAAAGACCGAUAGUCCUUAUAGGGCCACCAAAUAUCGGGCGACAUGAGCUGAGACAGAGGCUGAUGCACGACAGCGAGCGUUUCGCGGCUGCUAUUCCUCACACGAGUCGUCCAAGAAAGGACUCGGAAGUGGACGGACAGGAUUAUCAUUUCAUUUCUCGUUCUCAAUUCGAAUCCGAUAUACUUUGUCGAAAGUUCGUCGAACACGGCGAGUACGAGAAAGCCUAUUACGGCACCUCCGUCGAAGCUAUACGAUCCGUAGUAAACUCUGGUAAAAUCUGUGUUCUUAAUCUGCAUCCCCAGAGUCUGAAGAUAUUGCGAAAUUCGGACUUGAAACCGUACGUGGUAUUCGUCGCGCCGCCAAGUUUGGAGAAACUUCGCCAAAAAAGGAUCAAGAAUAACGAGAGUUUCAAGGAGGAGGAGUUGAAGGAUAUUAUAGAGAAAGCAAGGGAAAUGGAGGAUAAAUACGGGCAUCUGUUCGACAUGAUCAUCAUAAACACGGAUACGGAUAGAGCGUACAAUCAGCUGCUGACGGAGAUCAAUUCGUUGGAAAGGGAGCCUCAGUGGGUGCCUGCUUCUUGGGUUCAGUAAAAAAAAAAAAAAGAGAAAAAAAAAUAAUGUGGAACGGAGCAAUGUUUUUUUUUCGAAACACCAAGCCAAAUUUCGCUGAGACAGCGGAAAAGGCCAGUAAUCGAGAGAGGCGGGUUUAAAGUCUGAUUUGGAAAAAAAGUCACUUUCCAAGGACUGGUUCUUUUACUGGUGCCUGUUAUACAUUUUAACGUUUCGUAAACGCGCGUUAAAUUAAACGAUUCCUUGCCAGGCUAUCGUACUCCAAGUACCGCUGGUGUAGUCUUCCGUGUCGCAUAUGUGGUGCCAUCUGAAUAUUCGAAGAUCGUCGUCAGCAAGAUCAUUGUACAAAGAGCGUCGAAAAUUCGCGUGAUUUCUCGAUUUACGGGGGAUUUCUUUGAUGUUUAAAGUCGAAUCUCGAGGAAUCGUUGGAUCGUGAUGCUCGUUUUUCACUCGUAUCAGCCGUAACACUGGUUUUUCCCGAGGAUUUUACUCUGCAUAAUUUAUACCGACGAGAUGUCCCGGGAAAAAAGUUGCUACUAUUUUUGCGCAUAAGAUAUAUAUUAUAUAUAACAUUUUCCCAAAGAAUAUGUGAACUUGAAAAAGAGAUCAUUCUUCUCUUCUCUUUAAAAAUCACCAGAUUUCUACAGGAUACACCGAGCCCUGAAAGGAAAAAGAAAAGCAAAAAAAAAAAAAAAAAAAAAAAAAAAAAAAAAAAAAAAAAAAUAAAAUGGAAACGCGAAAAUCUUAAAUCUUACGAGAGCAGCCAUUUCACUCGCAAAGACACGAAAGACUUUUCGCGUUGUCACAAUUUUCACGAUAAAUCCUCCUUCUAAGGAGAGCGCGUCCUUAUCGCUGAGUUUUUUAAGUCAAAAGAAAAAAAAAAAAAAAAAAAAAGAAAGAAAGAAAAGAAAUAUUUCGCAAGACUUUGCAAGUUGUUAACGUAAACCACGUUUCCUCGUAUUCGUAAUUUUUGUGUGAAACUAGUAAUUUCGAAGAAGGCGGAACUCAUAAACGUUUCAUCGUUCGCUCUAGGCACUCUCUUUCUCUCGUGUUUAUUUAGAGGAAAGAAUCAUAACUUCUAAUCCAAGUAGACCUCGUUAAUAUGAUAUAGACUUAGGCUCGUGUGUAAACCAACGUAAACGAAUUUUUAAGACACUUUGGAAAGAAACAAAUUUUUUUUCUUUUUUUUUUUUUUCCUCCCCCCUCUUAUUUUUGUCUUCGAAGAAUCGUUUUUCCUUUUUUUUUUUUAUCCAGUAUCAAACUUUCAUAUCAGCCAUGUAUCCAUAUACCAUCUUCUUUACUCGAUUAGCAAUAACGCAGGAUGUUCUUCGAGUCGAAAAUCCUUGCUAAAACAAAAAAUAUGGUAUCGUGACUCCUAAACAAAAAGAGAAAAAUUAAAAAAGAGAAAAAAAAAUCGAUGAUCAAUCGUUUUUAGUUGAAGAAAGAAAUUUUCCCAAGAGUAGUUUCAUUCGUUGAUGUCGUAAACCCAGCUAGAAGCGAAAGAAUGUUUCCAGUGAGAGAAACGUGAAAAAAAAAAAAAA